ACCACUGAUCUCGUUUUACUCUUGCUUUCUGGCAAAGGCGCGUUUGCUCGGGGACAUGGGACAUGCUCUGCUUCAUCGCGUACCUCUGCAUCAAAAGGUUACUCAAUUUCUUCUUGGCUGUCAUACUCGUCCUCGUCGGUGAGUCGCGAGAACACCACCCCACAGUCCACACCCUACAUCUCCAUAAAAUGCAUGUGUUCUCAAGUUGUAACCCCUCCUUCUCCAACUCCGAGCAGUGCUCUACGCCAUUUAUAUCCUAUGCAAGAUAGGCGUCGUCAAGUGCCUGGCGAAGAACGCCUGCAAGGUGGUGUGCAUGCCCUUCUGGGGCUGCUGCCGCGUGCUCUGCCACCUCUGGCGCAAGGUGCUCGACACCGAGCGGGUGUACCGCGGCCGGCGCGGCCAGCGCCAGCCCGGCGACAUCGAGGUCGGGGACCUCAGCACGAACAGCUACGGCUACAGUGGCUCGUUGUCGCCGUCAUCCUCCGAUUACAAUGGCCACCGUGGGGGCGCCGUGCCGGCCAGAUCCAAAUUGGAAUCGUCGGCGGCGCGGGAGAGGAGGAAGGACAGGUUGCGGCAGUCCCUGCGCCCGAGGAGGGCCAACUCCAAGGUAGAGCACGCCGUGAGAAUAAGCCGUGAGAAUCAAAGUGAACGCCGGCACCAGCACCAUCCCCAUUCGAUCGGGGCCAGCAAAAAGAAGGCGGCUUCGUCCGUUCACGGUCAUGGCUCGGCACCUCGUGACUAUUCGCAUGCGCAUCGCCGCACAUGACAUUGCCACUCUUGACAUUGGCACUGCUAGUGUACAGUAGUUAUGUGUAGUAAGUUUGUAUCCGGGCCCAUCAAUUGUUUAUAUACUUACACAGAAAGGAUCAUAAAAAAUAA